AUGUUUUUUUUAUUGCAGAGCAAAGCAAAGAAGGGAUUUGGAUUUGACCGAAUGACGAGUAAGUUUUUCGUCGGCGGCGCCGCUUUUUUCGUGUCUUGGGACCCUUUUUAUUAGAUGUAUCUCGAGAGAAGCUAGAAAAAUAUCCAUCUUUUUUGAGUGAGUGGAUAUAUUUUCUAUUUAGACAAGUUCGUCUUAUUUUCUGAAAACUUGAAAUAUUUGAAAAUGACACGUAAGUUUUUGUAUUAAUAACAAAGUGAGGGUUGAUAUUAUCCCGCCGAAAUAAAAAUUUCACUUUGAGCUCCAACAAAAAAUCCCAGUACAUCAUUAAAUUUUCAUGCAAAAUUUCUUGAACGUUUUUUUUUGCGGAAUUUUUAAUUAGGGUUUAAGUAACCUCCUCAUCUUGCAUUUCAGUCUACAUAGAUUGUCGUGCACUCUUUUUUUCUUCUUCUCAAAAUGAGUCAUUCAGAUUGUCCUCCACAUUGGAGUGGAGCUGCUUGUGAUUGGCCAAUUUGUCAAAAUGGACGAGCUGAUCCGUCUACAAAAACCUGUACGUGUCGGAAUUACUACUCUCCACCAUUUUGCAUUUCCUGCUUGCCAGGUUGGUUUUUUCUAGUUUGCAUUGAUUUACGAAACACAUUUUUUGCAGGCUAUUGGGGUGAAUCUUGCGAUCGUAUUCCACUGAAAAGAAUAAAUCCAACUAGUGAUUUUCCAAUUGCAAUUCCACCGGUUCUUUUGAAACCAAUUCUUGGCUUGAUUUUAUUUCUUAUUGUAUUUUUGAUUGUUGUUGGAAUUCAUAGGUGAGCUAGAAUUUUUUCUGAACCAUUUUCCUUGAAACCCCCUCCCUUUAAAAUUUUCCAGACUGCGUGUACAUUUUCGAAAUCGCCAUCCUCCACGAUACGAUGACAUCGCAAAAGAUCUACCACCUCCAUAUGCAACUUAA